AUGUGGAAUGAAAUCCACAGAACAUUUGAUAAGCAUGCGCGAGGAAUCGAGUGCCAAUUUAAAGAUUGGAAACUCAUAAAUUCUAAUCGCCGUGGGUUAAGGACGCAGUUGUUCUUCAAAUGCCAAAUGUGCAAUUAUGAAGACUACAUCUGGUCGGAACCCAUGGAACCGCAUGUAUUAGAUGUUAAUACAGCUGCGGUAGCAGGAACUGUUACAAUGGGAAUUGGUUACGCCCAGCUGGAAGAAUUCUGUGCGGCUGUAAACAUUCCUCGUAUGUCCGAAAAGACAUACAUUAAUCGUCGAGAAAGUUUAGUCGACGAUUUCCAAAAAACUGCCAUGGAAAGCAUGAAAAUGGCAGGCGAGGUUGAAAAACAACUCGCUAUAGAAAGGAAUGACAUUAUAAAUGGCAUUCCAUAUAUAACCGUUGUAGCGGAUGGGAGUUGGAUGAAGAGGUCGUACGGUUCUGCGUACGAUUCAUCUUCCGGCGUCGGUGCCAUAAUUGGUUACCACACGAGGAAAGUUCUCUUCAUCGGUAUCCGAAACAAAUAUUGCUCGCUAUGCGCCAUGGCGGAGGAACGAGGUGUCCAGGUACGAAAGCAUAUAUGCUACAAAAAUUUUGACCGCAACGCAAGCUCGACAAGCAUGGAGAGCGAUGCUAUUGCGGAAGGUUUUAACAGUAGCCUGGAAAUGCAUGGACUGAUUUAUAAAACAGUUAUUGCUGAUGGCGAUAGUAGUGUAUAUCAGUCCAUCAUUAAUAAUGAUCCGUACCGCGAGAUGCAUGUGAUGGUGCGAAAGAUUGAAUGCACCAAUCAUUUGCUUCGCAACUAUGCAAAAAGCUGA